GAGUCUGCGACUGGCUUCAAGUCGCAGGCAUUCCAGCCGCGCGGCAUCAAGCAGAGCACCGCGUUGAUGGGCUCGAAGGACACACUCUGCAAGGUGGUCAUGUUGAACAUAGGGUUGGAAGACAUGCUCACACACUUCACCGUAGCGGUUGGCUUCAAGAAGACGCUGGCUUUCCAGCCGCGUUUGGAGGACGCGCUCGCGCCCUUCACCAUGGAGGAGUCUGUGGCUGGCAUCAAGCAGAGCACGGGAGGGCUCGACAAGUGA